AUGUCACUUCUACUAGAUGAGACAAAUAGGCUUAUUAUAGAAGAACAAUUGUAUGACACAGAGUAUUUAGGAACAGAAGCUUCACAACUUGAAAGUGGUCUAAAUCAGGAACAAAAAGAAGUAUAUGAGGCAAUACAACAAGCCGUUUACCAAAGAAAUGGUGGAUUAUUCUUUGUCUAUGGAAGUGGAGGAACUGGGAAAACAUAUUUGUGGCGGACACUAAUUUCCAAAUUGAGGUCACAAAACCAUGUAGUCAUAGCUGUAGCAUCAUCAGGAAUAACAGCUCUUUUGCUACCCUCCGGAAAAACAGCCCACUCAGGUUUCAGCAUCCCGAUAAACAUACACGAGAAAUCAUGCUGCAGAAUCAGCCAGGGAUCUAGCCUAGCAUUCUUGAUACAGAAUACUAAACUAAUUAUAUGGGAUGAAGCUCCUACGGUACAUAGACAUGCAUUUGAAGCAGUUGAUCGCACAUUUCGAGACAUAAUGCAAGUCAUUAAUCCUGCUGCCAAGGAUCAGGUUUUUGGAGGGAAAACAGUAGUAUUGGGUGGUGAUUUUAGACAAAUAUUACCUGUUAUCCCUAGAAAAGGAAGAGCUGAGAUUGUUGAUGGAUCAAUUAGCAAAUCCAACACCUUAUGGCCUCACUGUAAAGUAUUCAAGCUGACCAUGAACAUGAGAUUACAAGGCACUGCAGAUCAGAUUGGAAAACAAGAAUUAGCUCAGUUUAGUCAAUGGGUUUUGGAUGUUGGGGAUGGAAAAAUACCUGCCAUAGUAAUGGAAGGGGAAGAAGAACCAAACUGGAUAGAAAUCCCAGAUGAUAUCUUAUUGAAAGACAAGGGUGAUAAAAAGAAGGCCAUAAUCCAAGAAAUAUAUCCAGACCUCUUAAAUAAGUAUAGAGACCUAAAUUACCUAACUGAAAGAGCAAUACUUACCCCCAAAAAUGAAGGAGUAGAUGAAAUCAAUAAUUAUAUACUUGGAAUGAUUCCCGGAGAUGAACAUAUUUACAAAAGUGCUGAUAGAAUUUGCCCAUUCACAAACACAAGUACAAAUGAUGAAGUUCUUUAUCCAACAGAAUUCCUCAAUACUUUGCAAUUCCCAGGAAUACCAAAUCAUGAAAUACGAUUGAAGGUGGGUUGUCCUAUUAUUCUGACACGUAACAUUAGUCAAAGUGAAGGACUAUGUAAUGGAACAAGGCUGAUUGUGAGCAGGUUAGACACAAGAGUGAUUCAAGCUAAGGUAGUAACAGGUACAAAUGUAGGUGAACAGGUGGCCAUUCCCAGGGUUGAAGUGUCACCAACUGAUAGUACGCUGCCUUUCACUUUAAAACGCAGACAAUUCCCGGUCAAAUUUCAAGAGUCACAAGUCGAGGUGGUCUCAAAAUUUGUAUAG